AUGAUUACUUUGAUAGAAAGGAGGCAAUUUAGUGGAGCCAAGAGUGAGAGCCCGUUGAAUCACCUAAGGGAAUUUGAGAAGUAUUGUAAUACUAUCAAGGUAAACGGAAUUUCUCAAGAGUUUAUUCGACUAAAGUUGUUUCCCUUUUCUCUUAUUGGUCGUGCCUUAGAGUGGUUGGAUAAAGAGGUUAAGCCAAAUUCCCUUACGACAUGGGAUGAAGUCACCAAAGCUUUCUUGUCUCGCUUUUACCCACAAAAGAAGACGGCGGAGGCUAGAGCCUUGAUCCAAGGAUUCAAACAAAGGCCUAAUGAGAAUCUCUAUGAAGCAUGGGAGAGGUACAAAGAGUACCAAAGAGAGUGUCCACAUCAUGGAAUUCCUAUCUAUCAAGUGAUACAAAUUUUCUAUAGAGGCUUGAGUGCUCAAGGGAAGGAAGUGACGUCGAUCAAAGCAAAGCUUGAGAGUGUUUCUACGAAUUCAUUGAGUUUUACCUCCCAAUCUAAAGGGAGAGGUACAUUUUCUAACUCUUCUCCUUCUACUUCCAAUAACAUGCCAAGUGGUUGUCUAUUUUGUGAUUCUUGUGGAUCUUAUGAUCAUGAUUCUUCCAUGUGUUCUCAAACUUUUGUUGAUGGAUGUGAUGAUGUUGAAAUUAAUGAAUGUGAACAUGUGAACUUUGUGUCUAAUGUCAAUGGUGGUCAAAGAUUUGAUGGUCCUAAGAAUUUUAGUAAUAGGAAUUCUCACCCCCAAGGUGGUUUCGAUAACUAUAACAAUGGAGGCUAUAGGAACCAAGGAAACCAAGGUUUUCGAGGUAACUAUAACAACCAAGGCUAUAGUAAUCAAAAUCCGAGCCAUGGGUAUGGUAACCAAAGUAAAUCUCAAGGCUUUGGUAAUCAUUACUAUAAUGGUGGCAAUAAUCAAGGCCGUGGCAAUUGGAACAACAACCAAAAUCGGGGAAGUUUUCAAAAUAACAACCAAAGGGAACCCCCACCCGGUUUAGCUCCAAAACCUCAAGGCAAUGGUGAAAAUUCUUAUUCCCAAACAUCAUCAUUUAAGACAAAUUUGGAAGAAAUGAUUGAUAACCAAACCAAGAUCAUCAACACAUAUAUGGCGGAUUGUGCUAGUUCAUCCUCUUUGCCUUCUCAAGGAGUGGAACCUAAGAAACUCGUUUGUUCUAUCACCACUAGGAGUGGGAGAGUUCUUAAUGAGGGAGCUUCUAGGUCCAUUGAGGAGGAUGAGGAGAGGAGUGACCCAAGAAUGGAAAUUGAGAAGGAUGAGUCUAAGAGUGUGAGUUAUGAGGAGGUGCAAGAGAAAAAAAGGAGUAGUGAGAAAGAGCGUGAGGAAGUGCGGAGACCCGACCUUCCAUACCCACAAAAAUUCUUGAGGCACAAAAUUGAUGAGCAAUUUGGAAAGUUUAUUGCUAUACUCAAGGAAGCUCACCUUUCUAUCCCCUUCACCGAUUCAAUUACCCAAAUGCCUAGUGCUUUCAUUCAUAAUGAGUUGCCCAAGGAAAUGAAGGAUCCGGGAAACUUCUCUAUUCCAUGUGAGAUCAAAAGGAAAAUGUUUAAUAAUGCUUUUUGUGAUCUUGGAGCUAGUGUAAGCGUCAUGCCUUAUUCCAUUUUCAAGAAACUCAAGCUAGGUGAGCUACUCCCAUCUAACAUAACCCUUCAAUUGGCCGAUCGAAAUAUUAUGAUUCCAAAGGGGAGAGUUGAGGAUGUUCCUCUUAAGAUAGGAGGGUUCACUAUUCCCGUUGAUUUCAUUGUGCUUGAGAUUGCGGAAGAUGACCAUAUCCCUAUCAUUUUAGGAAGACCUUUCUUAGCCACUUCGGGAGCCUUAAUAAAUGUUAAAGGAGGCCGUAUUACCUUGAGAAUUGGUAAGAAAGAGGAAAGCUUUGAGUUGAAACCAAUGAAUGAGUCUUUGUCUCUUGUGAAAGGAAUUAUGUGUGCUAAUUCCCCUCGCUCUAUUGAUAAUGUGUGCAUGAUUAAUUCUUCAACUAACGAUGAUCUUGAAAAUUGUGAUGAUGUUCUUUCAAGUUUUGAUGGCAAGAAGGUUAUGAAGAGAAAAUGA